AUGAUACAAGGAUGUGUCAGAAGUACUCCGUACAACACGAGGAUGACCCCUCAUGACGUCUACCACGCAUCCUCCAAAUCUUCAACCCAUGGAUCUUAUCUUGACGGUUCAAAAAAUGUAAAUAAUCCCCAGUUUAUCAGCAACCGAAGAGGACAGCACAGAACAACACCCCGACCUUCUCACAAAAUGCCAUCCGACCUCAUCACAGGAAGCUGUGCCUGCCACCAUAUCACGUACACGGCCAGCCAGCCCCCGUCAAACGUGACAAAUUGUCACUGCACCACCUGCCGCAAACAAUCCGGCGCACCUUAUCAGAGCUGGGCGACCUUUGCUCCAGGCUCCCUCACCUGGGACAAGAACCAGUUGCCCUCAUUCCGGAGAUCCAGUGCCUUUGCGACCCGCGGGUUCUGUCCAAAGUGCGGAUCGAGCGUUAGUAUGCAGUAUGACUACGAGCCCGAGCUUCUGAGUGUGACUACGGGGUCCAUUGACAGUGCGCAUCAAGCGAAGAUCCCGAAACCGUCUUGUUAUCUCUUUCUGCAGGAGAAGGUGGCGUGGUUUGAUCUGCCUGAUGAUGGCGCUGAGCGGUGGGAUCAGUUUUCGCCGGACAUGGCUGAGAGUUUGGAGAACUUGCAGACGAAGUCGAGCUGA